AUGGCCAGUCAAGGGAUAAUAGACGAGUUCGAGCAACAGUUGAAGAACGAUUACGAGAACUGGUCCAUUAUUCUGGAAGCUAUGGAUGCGCUGCGCAGGCUUCCGCAGAUGCAGGAGUCGAAAGACUUUCAAAUCCUUAAUUUUCACCUUGCGAAAGUCGAGAAUACCACUCAAUAUUUGCAGUACCUGCAAGUCAUCAACCCGAGGAACCAAUUCAGUCAAAAUCGAAGUUUGGGCGGAACAAAGCGCAAAAUAAAGGAAGAUUCUAUCGAAGAUCUUGACGAGAUCAAGGACAUUAUGCCCAUUCGUUGCGAUAAAGAAAACGCGCUUGAAUAUGCAAUAACGCCGAUCUUUAAAAAGAAAAAACCAGUUUUGACCGACGAACAAGUGGCUCUUAUUCUUAAUCUUCCAGUUCCAGCACGUCCCAUUCUGAAGGACUCUCAGCAGCAGCAGCUAAGCAUUUCUCCUACUCCUCAGUUUCAAAUUGAAGCGGAAGCAACUGGACCAUAUGAAGUUAUGACCUAG